UCAGGCCCUUGCAGUGAAAUGGACGGUUCCAAUCACUAGACCAACAGGGAAUUCCCAAGUGGAACAUAUUUGAAAAGAUCAGCUUACUUCCACAUGCUUACUUAUCUACUGGCCUUUCUAAAGAAUUUCUACCUCAUUCUCCUUUGAACAGUUUUUGGUGAGAUACAUUAUUAAAGUGCUCCAGGAGUGUAGUGUAGGUUUCUGAUGGACUUUGAGAUGAAUGAGAGGCAGGGGUGAAGGUCCAUGUUAGGUUUGACAACGAAUGGGGUGGUUCCCCCGUGAUUGCCCUUUUGUACAGCCUCUGUUGUGAUGGUCGUGCAGUUUUCUCAAUCAAGUAGGAGCCAAGAACUUGAGCUGUGAAUCCAUCCAUCAUGGGUUUUCUUUUUGCGGGUGUUCAAUUGGAUGAGGAAAGAACUGGCAAAUUGCAUUUAUCGCCCUGAUAUUUCAUCGAGGUUUUUGUCUUGGAAAGGUAUUAGGGGUAGUCACUGGACACCUCAACCCCAAGGGAAGCAGAAGUUUCAGAGAGGUUGAAUAAAUUAAGUGGAAAUGAGACAAACUGGAGAUGGAAGUCGGGCUUUCUGUGAUCAGAGAAAGGAAUAAUUGAGCCCGAGUUUCUUGAAAUGGAGCUGUGCUGACCAGAAGUGUUCUGACCAGGAGUUUGGGUCUGGAGUAAAAUGGGGGGAUGGAGAGAGUUGAACGGCAUGUCAGAUAGGUCUUCAGCAUGGGCCACCGAGGUCCUCAAAUGCUAGUGGUGGGGCUGGAGAGGAGGUCAAACUGAGCCUAAGAGCUCAGUGAAGGUGGGCAAGUGAUGCUGAGAACUGAGUGUCAAAGAGGAAGGGACUGACCACAUCACCACGCCUACCCCAGCCCAGUCACCACACCUUGCAUUUCUAUGGUGGGAGCUACUGCUUUCCUCGCAGUUUCAGAGUCUGCUUAUAUUAACCCUGAAUUUUUGUUUUUGUUGUCCAGUUCCAAGCUGUGCUCAACGGUUUGCAGCCUCAUGGACUGUUGCACACCAAGCUUCCCUGUUCUUCACUAUCUCCCAGAUUUUCCUCAAACUCAUCUCCAUUGAGUUAGUGUUGCCAUCCAACCAUCUCAUCCUCUGUCGUCCCCUUCUCCUCCCGCCCUCAAUCUUUCCCAGCAUCAAGGUCUUUUCCAAUGAGUCAGCUCUUCUCAUCAGGUGGCCAAAGUAUUGGAGCUUCAGUUUUAGCAUCAGUCUUUCCAGUGAAUUUUCAUGGUUGAUUUCUCUUAGGAUUGACUGGUUUGAUUUCCUUGCUGUCCAGGAGACUCUCUGGAGUCUUAUCCAGCACCACAAUUUGAAAGAAUCAAUUCUUUGGUUCUCAGCCUUGUUUAUGGUCCAACAUUCACAUCUUUACAUGGCUGCUGGAAAAACCAUAGCUUUGCCUGUAUCUACUUUUGUUGGCAAAGUGAUGUCUCUGCUUUUUAAUACACUGUCUAGUUUUGUGAUAGCUUUUCUUCCAAGGGGCAAGCAUCUUUUAAUUUCGUGGCUACAGUCACCAUGUGCAGUGAUUUUGGAGCCCAAGAAAAGAAAAUCUGCCAGUGUUUCCACCUUUUCCCCAUCUAUUUGCCAUGAAGUAAUGGCACUGGAUACCAUGAUCUUAAUUUUUGAAUGCUUAGUUUCAAGCCAGUAUUUUCCCUCUCCUCUUUCACUCUCAUCAAGAGAGUCUUAAAUUCUUCUACGUUUUCUGCCAUGAGAGUGGUAUCAUCUGCAUAUCUGAGGUUGUUGAUAUUUCCCCUGGCAAUCUGAAUUCCAGCUUGUGAUUCAUCCUGUGUGGCAUUUCACAUGAUGUAGUCUGCAUAUAAAUUAAGUAAGGAGAAUGACAAUAUACAGAUUUGAGAUAAUCAUUUCCCAAUUUUGAACUAGUUUAUUGUUCCAUGUCCAGUCCUAAGUGUUGCUUCUAGACCUGCAUAUAGGUUUCUCAGAAGGCAGGUAAUGUGGUCUGCUAUUGCCCUCUCUUUAAGAAUUUUCCACAAUUUGUUGUGAUCCACACAAUCAAAGGCUUUCAAGAAGUCAUGAAGCAGAAGUAGAAUUUUUUUCUGGAAUUCCCUUGCUUUUUCUACGAUUCAGUGGAUAUUGGUAAUUUGAUCUCUGGUUCCUCCGCCUUUUCUAAAUCCAGCUUGUUCAUCUGGAAGUUUUCGAUUCACAUAUUGUUUGAAGGAUUUUGAGUAUUAUCUUGCUAACAUGUGAAAUGAGCACAAUUGUCCAGUAGUUUGAACAUUCUUUGGCAUUGUCUUUCUUUGAGAUUAGAAUGUAAACUGAGUUUUUCCAAUCCUGUGGCCCUUGCUGAGUUUUCCAGAUUUGCUGGUGUAUUGAGUGCGGCACUUUAGCAGCAUCGAUUUUAGGAUUUGCAAUAGCUCAGCUGGAAUUCCAUCACCUCCAAUAGCUUUGUUUAUAGUGAUUCUUCCUAAGGCCUGCCUGACUUCACAAUGCAAGAUAUUUGGCUAUAGGUGAGUGACCACACUUUUGUGAUUAUCUGGUGAUUAAGACCUUUUUUUUUGUAUAGCUUUGUUUAGGCUCCUCUGUCCAUGGACUAUUCCAGGCAAGAAAACUGAAGUGGGUUACCAUUUCCUACUCCAAGGGAUCUUCUGACACUCAGCUUACAGAUUGAAUCCAUGUCUCCUUUGUCUCCUGCAUUUGUAGGAGGUUUUUACUACUGUGUCAUUUGGGAAGUCCUGAACAUAAACUAUAAGAUGUAAUAAAGAUCCAGAAUAAUGUGCACUUCAGUCCCUACACAGAGCAGUGGAAGCCUAGUGGGGUCAGCCUCCGAAGAGGAUUCAGAGAGCCUACAUGGAGGCAUGGGGAUGUUCCUCCUGCCCAAAGUGAAGUAGGCCCUGGAGCCCAGCACCCUCUGAACCCCACUGUCAUUACAGAGAGCUGCCUUGCCCGUUGAUGAUUUAGAUAACAGGAACUUCUCUUCCAUGACACAGAGAAAGAAUUCUCACGCAGCCUUUCUGCUGCUGUCUUCAAGGAUCCUUCCAGAUGUUUCCGACAGACUCUCCUGAGCAGUGCAAGAGGUGUGCAGUGUGGAACAGGAACAAACCAGAGAGCCACCAUCCCCUCCCCGCUGAGAGAAAGCUGUUCUCGUGAUGUUAUAUGCUUCCCCAGAUGUGCUCUGAGUCCACUCACGAUGGGGGGAAAGAGUUUGAAGAGUUCUCGGAUAAGGUCACAUGCAGCAGAGGUUCUGGGUGGGGACUGGGGCAGAGGUGACUCCUCGGCGUUCAGUCCAGCCCCAGAGAACAGGGUUUGCAAAGAGGUAGGAGGUGACCAAGGGAAUUGGCAGGCACAGUCUUGCUUUGGGUGUUGGAUGAAGAACAAGAGAGUGAACUAGAAUGUUCCCCAGAGAGAGCCUCGAGUCUUAUUUUUUCCCAGGAAAUGGGAGUGGUCUUCCCUGGGUGAACGCACAAGUGAUGAAACACAGGCAUGUACUUAUUCUGCAAUGAUUAAUGUAAGCAUGGCAGAUUGCCCUCCAAUGACAUGCCAUCGUGCUCAAGUGACUUGAUGCCAAGGUAAGGAAACAAAUAUAGGCAUCACUGCCCGGCCAGAGAGUCAGUUGCUUCUGGUUUGUGCGGAGAUGGCCCUGGGACUGCAGCUUCGGCGGCAGGUGCUGGCUGGACUCCUGCUCUGUCUGUGCACCGGGCGAUGGGCCGAGGCUGGGAAGGUGCUGGUGGUCCCCAUGGAGGGCAGCCACUGGCUCAGCAUGCGGGAGGCCGUUCGGGAGCUCCACGCCAGAGGUCACCAGGCAGUGGUCCUGUCUCCGGAGGUCAAUGUUCACAUCAAGGCAGAGGACUUUUUCACCACGAAAACCUAUGCCGUUCCCUACACACAGGAUGAAUUUGUUUCCGUCAUGAGGAGCCAUAUUCAUGUGUUUUUUCAAAGAUUACAUUUUCUAACCAUGUUUUGGGAAGCUAUGGCUUCUUUGAAAAAUAUGUCUUUGCUGUUUGCAAGGUCUUGUGAGGCACUGUUGUAUAACAAGGAUCUGAUCAGGCACCUGAAUGCCAGUUCCUUUGAUGUGGUUUUAACAGAUCCUUUUAACCCUUGUGGGGCAGUGCUGGCUAAGUACCUGUCCAUUCCUACUGUGUUUUUCUUGCGAUCUGUUCUGUGCGGCUUAGAUGUUGAGGGCACUGCAUGCCCAAACCCUUUCUCAUAUGUUCCCAGGUUAUUAACAAGGAAUUCAGACCACAUGACAUUCUUCCAAAGGGUCAAGAACAUGCUCUACCCUCUGAGUCUGAAGUACAUUUGCUGGGUUUCUUUCACUCCUUAUGCACGUAUGGCCUCUGAGCUUCUUCGGAGAGAGGUGUCACUGGGGGAGAUUCUUGCCUCUGGAUCCGUGUGGCUGUUCAGAGGAGACUUUGUUAUGGACUACCCACGGCCAAUCAUGCCCAACAUGGUGUUCAUUGGGGGUAUCAACUGUGCCAACAGGAAACCAUUAUCUCAGCAUCAGGGUCUUUUCAAAUGAGUCAGCUCUUCACAUCAGAUGGCCAAAGUAUUGGAGUUUCAGCUUCAACAUCAGCCCUUCCAAUGAACACCCAGGACGGAUCUCCUUUAGGAUGGACUGGUUGGAUCUCCUUGCAGUCCAAGAGACUCUCAAGAGUCUUCUCCAACACCACAGUUCAAAAGCAUCAAUUCUUCGGCACUCAGCUUUCUUUAGAGUCCAACUUUCACAUCCAUACAUGACUACUGGAAAAACCAUAGCCUUGACUAGAUGGACCUUUGUUGGUAAAGUAAUGUCUCUGCCUUUUAAUAUGCUGUCUAGGUUGGUCAUAACUUUCCGUCCAAGGAGUAAGCGUCUUUUAAUUUCAUGGAUGCAAUCACCAUGUGCAGUUAUUUUGGAGCCCAGAAAAAUAAAGUCUGUCACUGUUUCCCCAUCUAUUUGCCAUGAAGUGAUGGGACUGGAUGCCAUGAUCUUAGUUUUCUGAAUGUUGAGCUUUAAGCCAACUUUUUCACUCUCCUCUCUCACUUUCAUCAAGAGACUUUUUAGUUCCUCUUCACUUUCUGCCAUAAGGGUGGUGGCAUCUGCAUAUCUGAGGUUAUUGAUAUUUCUCCCAGCAAUCUUGAUUCCAGCUUGUGCUUCCUCUAGCCCAGCGUUUCUCAUGAUGUACUCUGCAUAUAAGUUAAAUGAGCAGGGUGACAAUAUACAGCCUUGACGUACUCCUUGUCCUAUUUGGAACCAGUCUGUUGUUCCAUAUCCAGUUCUAACUGUUGCUUCCUGACCUGCCUACAGGUUUCUCAAGAGGCAGAUCAGGUGGUCUGGUAUUCCCAUCUCUUUCAGAAUUUCCCACAGUUUAUUGUGAUCCACAUAGUCAAAGGCUGUGGCAUAGUCAAUAAAGUAGAAAUAGAUGUUUUUCUGGAACUCUCUUGCUUUUUUGAUGAUCCAGCAGAUGUUGGCAAUCUGAUCUCUUGUUCCUCUGCCUUUUCUAAAACCAGCUUGAACAUCUGGAAGUUCAUGGUUCACGUAUUGUUGAAGCCUGGCUUGGAGAAUUUUGAGCAUUACUUUACUAGCAUGCGAAAUGAGUGCAAUUGUGCUUUUUAGUAGAUAUAUUAAAAAUAAGCUUUUUGGUAGAUAUAUUUAAGAAA